AUGUCCUACCUGUCGAACUUUAAUGCCGAAACCGGUAAAACGAUACUGGUCGAUAUACUGAAGACGGUAAACCAGUCGGAAAACUCAAAGAAACUCGCCGAAGCCAAAGCCAACUCGGGCAAGGAGAUGAUCAAGAUGAUGCAGAACGUGUUCCCGCUGGUGAUGCAGAUCCAGAUCGAAGUCAUAAAGGAUUACGGAUUCCCCGGGAGUCGCGAGGGUCUGGUUCAGUUCGAGCAGAUCAUUCGGGAGUUUGAGCGAGAGGACGUCGACAUUGCCAGACUGCGGGCGCAAAUACGAUCAAUCUAUCUACCUCCAAUUAACAUCAACAGCACGAAUGACGUGUUGAUUUAA